AUGGCGCCAAAGUUGUCAAAAAUGUUUCCAGAAUCUUGCUUACUUAUAUUUGUGGGAGUCUUAAUUGGUGCUCUUUUGCUAGGCACUCACAGUGUUCAUGUGCAACCGUUAACACCGGACACGUUUUUUCUCUAUAUGCUGCCGCCAAUUAUACUAGACGCUGGAUACUUUAUGCCAAACAGACUGUUCUUCGAUCAUCUCGGAACAAUUUUGCUAUUUGCUGUAGUUGGCACUGUAUUUAAUACUUUGACGAUUGGUGCAUCGUUAUGGGCGUGCGGACAAACUGGAAUGUUUGGGUGCACAACGCCGUUACUGGACAUGUUGUUGUUUGGUGCGCUCAUUUCCGCUGUGGACCCCGUGGCAGUUCUUGCGGUCUUUGAAGAAAUACACGUUGAUGAAGUUCUAUAUAUAGUAGUAUUUGGCGAGUCGUUACUAAAUGAUGCGGUCACUGUUGUUUUGUAUCACAUGUUUGAAGCUUAUACGGAAAUGGGUCCAUCGCGGCUUAUGUAUACGGACUUUUUAGCGGGCUUUGCGUCGUUCUUAGUAGUGGCAGUUGGAGGGACAUGCAUUGGUUGUGUAUGGGGCUUCGGGACCGGCCUCGUAACCCGGUUUACAAAUGAAGUAAGGGUUAUUGAACCCAUAUUUAUAUUUGUCAUGGCGUACUUAGCAUAUUUGAAUGCAGAAAUGUUCCAUAUGAGUGGAAUUUUGGCUAUAACAUUUUGCGGAAUAACAAUGAAGAAUUACGUAGAAGCGAACAUAUCCCACAAAUCUCAUACAACUAUCAAGUAUACAAUGAAGAUGCUGUCUUCUUCAUCUGAAACUAUCAUAUUUAUGUUCCUUGGCGUGGCUACUGUCAACAACAAUCACGUCUGGAACACUUGGUUCGUCUUAUUGACCAUCGUUUUUUGCUCAGUCUUUCGCAUAAUAGGUGUUUACAUAUUUAGUGCGGUAGCUAAUAAGUUCCGUUUGCACAAACUUAAUACAGUUGAAAAAUUUGUUAUGUCGUAUGGAGGUCUUCGAGGCGCGGUCGCAUUUGCUUUGGUGCUAUUAAUAGACCCAGAAGUGGUAAAACUUCAGCCUAUGUUCGUCACCACUACCAUUGCUGUUAUAUAUUUCACCGUGUUCAUUCAAGGGAUCACAAUUAAGCCAUUAGUCAGAAUAUUAAAUAUUAAAACUGUUGAGAAGAGAAAACCAACGAUGAAUGAAAGAAUUCAUGAGCGGUUUAUGGAUCAUUUGAUGGCAGGAGUAGAAGAUAUUUUGGGUAAACAUGGCAAUCAUCACAUGAGGGAUAAAUUUAAGAGAUUUGACAAUAGAUUUAUUAGACCCUUCUUAUUAAGAAAUUAUCAGGGUGCCGAGCCAAAGAUUCUUGAAACGUAUUCGAAGCUCGCGAUGAGAGAUGCUAUUGAAUACAUGCAAAGGAAUGCUUCAACGAUUGGUAAUAUUUCCGGCGCCGAGUCAAUGUCGGCUAUCUUUAAGAACUACACUGGUGCGAACUUAAAUGGAAGUCCUAGUUUUAGUCAAUUAGACUCAUCAACCUGGAAUAUAGAUAUGCAGGAAUUGGAGUAUAAUCCGUCCAAAAAGGAUUUAACAGAUGCUAGGAUCCAUCACCUUCUUGCUGAAGAGCUAUGCAAACCGUAUAGACGUCAUCGCCGUUUGAGCUACAGUAGACAUGCUGUGAACGACCGUGACUUGGGAACACAGGUUAAUUACAAAACGCACAUGAAUAUACGACGGUUAGUCGGCGACCGGAAACACCAUCACAAACGGAGUAAACGUGGAAAGCAAGAUGGAAAAAAUCAUGUAACUUUCCCAGAAUUCCAACAAAACGGUUCGGCCAAACAGUUCACGCACGGUAAAAAAAAAUAUUAUAGAUUAGACUAUAUAGACGAGGUGCUGCAGGAGGACGACGAGCCGCGCCGUGAGACCGAUGAUGGCGGUAUUACUUUCACUGCAAAAUCCCCGCCUGGAUAUAAUGAAGUCAGUCCAACAUCUUCGCAUAAAGAGAACAGUAGCUCUCUUUUAAAUCAAUUGGCUAACCUGCCUGGCUUCAAUCCCCUGAAAGCAAGAAUCGUAAAACAGUACGCUAAAACGCCUGAAGAAAUACUGCCUACAGCUGUUGAGAAAUCUUUACCGUGGAGAAGGGACAGAUCCACGUAUAAUUUCGUUCCCAAUGAGGAUAUUUUAGAAGAGGAUGAGCGAAGAAUGUCCGAGGACAAUGAUACAUAUAUGACAGUAGCAGAGCAAGCACGCGUCGCGACUCCAACUGCUACAGAAACCAUGUUGCCAUGGAAACGAGAAGAAGCCGAAGGUACCACCGCCCUGAAACAAUCAGAGUUUCCCUCUUGGGCGUCCAAUAAGGAGUACUUGGCUUACAGCUCACCCUCUGCAACAUUCUUAGGUGGUAUAGAGAAGCCAAAACAUCCAAAAUCUAUCAUAGGUCUAUUCCGAAGAGAGAGCUCUAGUUCUACGCAAGCUGCAGAUCUGCCAGUGAUGUCGGAUUCAGAAGGAAAAGCUGAUUCAACUAAAGGCGAGAGCUCUUCGAUUAAAGGAGACUCGUUAUUUGGACAGUCAAAGCAGGGUCCAAGUUUGUUAUCGAAAAGAAGUACAAGUCUGGGUGGACCAUCAGUAUUACUCAUGGAAGAUGUAGCACAUUCCGAUCCACUUGGUGCUUCAUCCCGACCAGCUAGCAUAAUGCAGGGACCACACCGAGGUCAAUGUAGGAGAGGAUCUAUGCUAGAAUUGACUGGUUCUUUAUCUCGUGACGCAAUCACUGAAGAGAAAUGCAGCAAAUCUCUACCAGAAAGCGAGCGUAUGGGUGUCCGGCGUUUAGCUCUGGGCCAACAGAGUUUGCCACGAGAAACCUUUAGCCGUCAACUUACCAUGGCUUCUAACCUUCUAACUAGCUCCUCUUCCGAUGACUCAUCGGACGAGAACACC